CGUAGUGUCACGUGAUACCGGAAGUGGAAUCGGGUGAAGGUAGAAAAGCGGCAUGGCUGGGCGCUUGCUGUGCAGAAGUGUCGGUGUUUUGCAGCUCAGCAGAGAUGUGCCGCUGCUGUUCGCGUCUCGGUGCUGCUCCCACACCGAACCGGAACCGCUGACAGUGACACGACAAAGUAACGGAAUUAGGAGGAUCAUUUUAAAUAAUGCCAAGAAAAGGAACGCUCUGUCCCUGUCCAUGCUGGAAUCUUUGAGAGAAAACAUCCGGACUGGCGCUGACUGUGACCAUCUCAGAGUCAUCAUCAUAUCAGCCACAGGUCCGGUGUUUUCAUCUGGGCACGACCUGAAGGAGCUGACGUCCUCGCAGGGCCGGGAGCACCACACCAAGGUGUUCAACACCUGCACUGAGGUGAUGACCCUGAUACAAGACGUACCCGUUCCAGUCAUCGCCAUGGUAAAUGGCGUCGCCACGGCGGCUGGCUGCCAGCUUGUUGCCAGCUGUGACAUCGUCGUGGCGACCGAUAAGUCCACAUUUGCUACUCCGGGUGUCAACGUGGGUUUGUUUUGUUCGACGCCGGCAGUGGCCAUCGGCCGAGCGGUGCCGAGGAAGGUUGCCAUGGAGAUGUUGUUUACUGGAUCUCCGAUCUCAGCCCACGAUGCUCUGCUGCAUGGUCUGAUUAGUAAGGUGGUACCGGAGGAGCGACUGGAGGAGGAGACGUUGGCCAUCGCCCAGCGAAUCUGUCGAACUAGCCGGCCAGUCGUUGCUCUCGGCAAGGCCACUUUCCAAAGACAAAUGGCUCAAGGCAGAGAUGCAGCUUAUGCCACCGCCUCCAAAGUGAUGGUGGAUAACCUGGCAAUGAGGGAUGGGCAGGAGGGAAUCCGGGCCUUUAUCGAAAAACGCAGACCAGUGUGGAGCCAUGAAGCAGGAAAAACCCACGACUGAAGAUUUAAAAUUUAUAAUUACCAAGAUUCUAAAGAGUAAAGUUUUUAUAGAUGUCUUCAUCCAGACUAAACCUCAAACCACUUUGUGCCUUGAAAGCUGCAGCGUGGUUUGCAGGUAUUUGGAUAUUACUCUUUGUGUUUAGUGUCCUUGUCACCAGUGAAAGUCAGAGUGAAAUCAGCCAGAAAUGAAUAAUUGUACAAAUUUAUUGAUGCAAUCAUUAAUAAGCUCUGUGGCCAUAUGUAUUCUAUUGGAAGUAAUGUGAUUAAACUCUGUUUUCUUGCAAUAAAUGCAAAAAGCAUUCCUGAAAUGCUUUUGAUGUUUAUUACUGAGGGUUAAAGUUUAAUACUUAAUUAAAUUCAUAUUGGAUCCCA